UUUAUCUCUCAAAAUCAUAUUCCAACCAAAAUCAAACCCACUAUUUUUUCACCCAAACCAAUAUAAACCCAAAACAUAACCGUGGGUUUAAACCCAGUACAUAACCAGGGGUUUGCUUUAAUGUAGAUAUGAUAACACAAAUUGACAUGUUAAGUAACAAAUGAGAUAGAAAAAGCAUAAGUGCAUCUACAAUGGUUUAGAAACAAAGUAAUCCUUGAGAUACAGUCAACACACAUUAAGAGGCAAAAAGUAUAUACCCAUGGUUGAAAAGCUCACUAACAAGUGUAUUAAAACCAAAUUACUUAGCGAAAGCACAAGAAAACACUUUCGAUUUUCAUCUGCUGUUUCCCCAUAAUACAUAAUUACAUAGUGCUUACAGCAUGCACGCGGAUCAAUUAUACUCGUUCUCGGUCGUCGUUGAUUAUUGCAUAUAACCAAUACAUAGAAACCGGUUUAGACCCAUAGUUUAUAAACGCUAAUAACCAAACCGUUUAGACCUAUAACCAACUAUACCCAAACUGCUUUCUCUACAUACCCAAACUAAAAACAAACUAAAAAAAUCUCAAUCCAAUAAAACCUGAACCAAUCAAAUCCAAAGUAAAAAACCGAAGCGUUACAUCCGAUUUUUUAAUAACCAAUCUCACGUUUAGUCAUGGGGCGUUAUUGCAUGUCGAUCAAGGCCGUAGAUCAAUUCACAGCAAGAAGCUUGCUUGAGGAAACUAUCAUUUACUCAACACAACCUCGAUCGAUACCCAAUCUGGAUACAUAAGUGAGCAGAACGCACAGCCGUGACGACGAUGGAAUAAUAAUCCCGACCGGCCGAGUAGAAGUGUAAAGUCGCGGCGAAAUAGUACUACAGUAGGAAUUAGCACCAAAAUCUAGAUGAGCUGUGUUGGACGGCUGAAAGCGUCCCAACCGCCCGGUCCGGACAUUCUGAGAGCUCGAUUUGGCGAGCCGCAUUGAAGUUGCCCUGACCCGGAGCCAUAGCGGGGCCUGAAAGCGCAAAUCACUGGAGCAAAUAUGGAAAAAAUGUUGUUUCGUUGGUGACGCAGACGGCCACACCCCACACGAGCCUAUCAUUAUACCUGUGGUAGUAGCUGAGCGGUUGAAGCGUGCAACUGUCUGGCCAGAUGAAUGCACACGAGUGCGUGCAACCGGGAGGGGCGCAAAGCCAAGCGACCCAACUAACCCCGGCUCGUCCACACGGACGGUAGACGUGUCUGCCACACGCGCCGCCCGUCUCCUGCCCCAGCAUUCGUGUCCCUCCAUCCGCCCGUCCAACUGACCAAAUCACUUGUCCCCUCCCUUCCCGCCUACGAGUAUAUAUCCCUUUCCCCACACUCGUACGUACCACCACACCCAACCACUACGGCCAGCACCUGUCACUGUUGAACUAGCUAGUCAGCCGCUGGUACGUAGAGGUAGAGGACUAGCUAGAGAUCAAUGGCGGCGGCGACGAUGACGGUGGAGGAGGUGAGGAAGGCGCAGCGGGCGGAGGGGCCGGCGACGGUGCUGGCGAUCGGCACGGCGACGCCGGCCAACUGCGUGUACCAGGCCGACUACCCGGACUACUACUUCAAGGUCACCAAGAGCGACCACAUGGCCGACCUCAAGGAGAAGUUCAAGAGGAUGUGUGACAAGUCGCAGAUCAGGAAGAGGUACAUGCACCUCACGGAGGAGAUCCUGCAGGACAACCCCAACAUGUGCGCCUACAUGGCGCCGUCCCUCGACGCGCGCCAGGACAUCGUCGUCGUCGAGGUCCCCAAGCUCGGCAAGGCGGCGGCGCAGAAGGCCAUCAAGGAGUGGGGCCAGCCGCGCUCCAGGAUCACCCACCUCGUCUUCUGCACCACCUCCGGCGUCGACAUGCCCGGCGCCGACUACCAGCUCACCAAGAUGCUCGGCCUUCGUCCGUCCGUGAAGCGCCUCAUGAUGUACCAGCAGGGCUGCUUCGCCGGCGGCACCGUGCUUCGCCUCGCCAAGGACCUCGCCGAGAACAACCGCGGCGCGCGCGUGCUGGUGGUCUGCUCCGAGAUCACCGCGGUCACCUUCCGUGGACCGCACGAGUCCCACCUCGACUCGCUGGUAGGCCAGGCGCUCUUCGGAGACGGUGCCGCCGCGGUGAUCGUCGGCGCAGACCCCGACGUGUCCGUCGAGCGGCCCCUGUUCCAGCUGGUGUCCGCGAGCCAGACAAUUCUGCCAGACUCGGAGGGCGCCAUCGACGGCCACCUUCGUGAGGUUGGACUCACCUUCCACCUCCUCAAGGAUGUGCCCGGGCUCAUCUCCAAGAACAUCGAGCGCGCCCUAGAGGACGCCUUCAAGCCAUUGGGCAUCGAUGACUGGAACUCCGUCUUUUGGAUAGCGCACCCCGGCGGGCCAGCAAUCCUUGACAUGGUGGAGGCCAAGGUAAACCUGAACAAGGAACGGAUGCGCGCCACCAGGCAUGUCCUCUCCGAAUAUGGCAACAUGUCGAGCGCCUGCGUGCUCUUCAUCAUGGACGAAAUGCGCAAACGCUCCGCUGAGGAUGGCCACACCACGACUGGCGAGGGAAUGGACUGGGGCGUUCUCUUCGGCUUCGGCCCCGGCCUUACCGUGGAGACGGUCGUUCUCCAUAGCGUCCCCAUCACUGCCUAGGCCAGCGCAUGAUCGCUCGUCCUCCAUUUAUCUUGGUCAUGGAAACAUCUACUACUGUUGCUGUCUACACACAAGUUUGCACUAUAUUCUACCGUAUAUGGUUUGUAAUAGAAGGGAGUAUUUCUCUAUAUGCAUGAUAUUUAGAGAUUCAGAUAAAUUAUUGCAAGCACCAGAGUAUAGCAAAUGAUAUAAAUAUUCUUGA